AUGGCCACCGUCAAAGCCUCCACCACGAUUCCCUACCUCUACCGCUUCCUCCUGACCAAUGUGGAAUCCCUCCUCGCCCUCGGCGGAGUCGCCCUAGUCCUCAUGGACCCAGGGAAAUAUAAUGCCUCGCUCACCCAGGCCCGCCUCUCCACCAUCCAGCCGGACACGCAGUUCAUCUACACGCAACUCGCGGGGGGCUGGGCGUUCAUCGCUUUCACGGAAGCAGUCGUCUUGCGUCUCGUGGACGACCUCCGAGUGUGGAAAUUGCUCUGUGCGGGGAUUCUGUUUUCUGAUGCGCUCUAUACGCACUCCAUUGCGCAGGCGGCGGGUGGUUGGACGGAGUGGUUCAAGGUUGGGAAUUGGAGUGUCGAGGAUUGGUUGGUGGGAGUGACGACUUGGCCUUUUGUGCUUACGAGGUUGGCGAUUGUGUUGGGGGUUGGGUUGAGGAAGGCGGAUUUGGUGAAGCGUGCGUAA